AUGCGAAACUGGUGUUUUGAUAACCUGCUCUUGCUGAAUCCAGACAAAACUAAAUUGAUGGUCUGCGAAAGCCGCCAAAUGCUCGCGAAGUUACCUGAUUUUAGACUCUCGCUACUUGGUAAGAAACUAACACCUGCUUCAUCAGUGAAAGAUCUCGGAGUUAAGUUCGAUCCAAUCCUCUCCUUCGACAAUCAUAUCCUUUCUACUGUUUCAUCCUGCAAGUCAAGUCUCUGCCAGAUAAAUCGCGCUAAGCAUGUCUUCCCUAAAAACCUUUUAAUAACUGUCAUCAACGCCUUAGUAUUUAGAAAACUGUACUAUUGUUCCUCGCUUUGGUCAAAUACUUCCUGCAGCAACCUAUCCCGACUUCAAGGAGUCCAGAACUUCGCAGCACGAGUAGUGAGCAACAGAAGGAAAUUUGACCACAUCACCCCGAUACUUAAGGAACUGCGCUGGUUUCCCGUGAAGUCACAUCUGUACAGUCGCGACGCUUUAUUAGCUUUCAAAUGCAUGAAUGAUUGCGCACCUGCCUACUUAUCGUCUCAGUUCAAAACGAGAGGUGAAGUGAGUGGUCGCGAUACUAGAAAUACUAAACAGCUGGACGUUCCGUUAUAUAGAUCAACUGCAGACAAAGAACAUUCCAUUACAGAACUGUCAUUCUUUGGAACAACAUUAACCCUGACUUAAAACUUUGCAAAUCUAUUCCAAGUAGCCAAGUAUUCCAAGUAGUAUUCCAUAGUUAGCCUAAGGGCAUGUUUUCCUGUUGUCGUUGUUAUUGUCGUUGAUGUUGUUGUUGUUGUUGUUUUUGCUGUCGUUGUUGAUGAUGUUGAUCUACGUUGUAUGCUGCUGUUGUUAAUCUUGUUGUCAAGAAUUUGAUGUUGUGUUUGUGUAUAAAGUAAUUGCGUGAUCUUCUUAUAUGAAUUUAGGAUCUGAUGUAUAAUUAUAGUAAUUAUUUGAUAUGUAUAUAUAUUUUUGUCACUGAAAAGCCCCUUUAGGGAAGUGUCAAUAAAGUCAAUCAAUCAAUCAAUCAAUAAAGAUUCAAUCUUAGGAUUCAAUGAUUCAAUCUUAAGAUUCAAUGAUUCACCCUAUGACUCAAUGAUUCAAUCUUAUGAUUCAAUGAUUAAAUCUAUGAUUCAUUGAUUCAAUCUUAUGAUUCAAUGAUUCAAUCUUAGGAUUCAAUUAUUCAGUCUUAUGAUUCAAUGAUUUAAUUUUAGGAUUCAAUUAUUCAAUCUUAUGAUUCGAUGAUUCAAUCUUAGGAUUCAAAUGAUUCAAUCUAGAAUUCAAUGAUUCAACCUAUGAUUCAAUUAUUCGCUCGAUGAUUCAGUGAUUCAAUCUUACGAUUCAAUGAUUCAAUCUUAGGAUUCAAUCAUUGAAUCAUAGAGUGAACCAUUGAAUCCUAUGAUUGAAUCAUUGAGUCACAGAUUGAAUCAUUGAAUCCUAAGACUGAAUCAUUGAAUGAUAAGAUUGAAUCGUUUAAUCAUAAGAUUGAAUCAUUGAAUCCUAAGAUUGAAUCAUUGAAUCAUAGAUUUAUUUAUUGAAUCCUAGAUUGAAUCAUUUGAAUCCUAAGAUUGAAUCAUCGGAUCAUAAGAUUGAGUCAUUGAAUCCUAAGAUUGAAUAAUUGAAUCCUAGAUUGAAGCAUUGAAUAAUAAUUUUGAAUCAUUGAAUCAGAAGAUUGAAUCAUUGAAUCAUAAUAUUUAAUCAUUGAAUCAUAGAUUGAAUCAUUGAAUCAAAGAAUGAAUCAUUGAAUCAUAGAGUGAAUCAUUGAAUCAUAAGAUUGAAUCAUUGAAUCAUAGAUUGAAUCAUUGAAUCAUACGAUUGAAUCACUGAAUCCUAGAUUGAAUAAUUUGAAUCCUAAGAUUGAAUCAUCGAAUCCUAAGAUUGAAUCAUUGAAUCAUAGAGCUUAUGGGGCUCGGCUCCGAGACAUUUGAACGGCUCCGGGCUUCUGGUGCUUGGCUCCGAGGCAUUCGAGCAGGCUACGAGCCUGUGGAGCUCGAGUACGAACCAUUCGAACUCGGCUCCGAACCAUUCGAGCCGUCUCCUAGCCUAAGUUAUGUUGAACAUAUCAAUAUAUCGAGAAGAUUAUAGAGGAUUAUUAUUCCACCAUGUGGGACAUUCUAACACAUUCUCUAUUUCCAAUUUAUGUACGUUACAAUUGGCUCACUUUACAAUUUUACAAAAUUUCAUUUUACACUGCAAACUGCAUUUUUGCCUAAUAGUUAUACCGCAAAGCCACGCGCCUGGUUUUAAGGCAUACACCUGCGUAAUAAAUAAUCUCUAUCUAUCCAUUGGAAUACACUUAGUUAUAUAAAUUUUUGUUCGCCAAAUCCCUUCACUAUCUCCUUGUCGCCUAAUGACUUAGGAAAUAGCAACGCAUAACGACACAAAAUUUGCAAAGUUUAAAACAUGUUUAUUGCGACAAACCAAAAUAUAUUCCUAUGAAACCCGAGCAAGUAGCAAAGUUAUCUCCUAAAGAUAGACAAGAAUACGAGAACUCUCUAAAAAUAAAAUAAGAACACCCAAACGUUAUCCUCUUAGAAGUAGACAGUACUAUAUUUUGUAAAACGUUUUGAAGAAAUAAAUGUAUUUUAAAACUGAAAUAUUGUGCUAGCAUUUGCCUGAAAAGCCCGCUCUUUCCGCCCGCGCGAUUUGCGUAACCCGCUGGCUUGAUUAAUGUGUAAAUAUGUUGUACAUUAAUAUAUGUAUGCACCCAAGCCUCGAAAAAUAUAUUACAAUUGUUCUAAACGUUUUUUCCUUCAAGUAUUCUUGAUAGGCUUUCUUAUGAUCUGACUCUGUCACCUUAACAGUAUAUAUGUAUGUAGGAGGUUUGCUAAAUAAUGUUGGACAACAUGCAAAUAUUGACAAUAACAACGACUUUGGCAACCAUGUUAACCCGGGAUUAGCAACUGUUUAGUUCUGUUUAAAAUAAGUCUCGAUCUUUGUUACGAAUAGAUUCCUGGCUAUAAUUUUGUAAACAUACGAAAAAUCCUUCAAAAUACAUGUAGAAAUUUAUCCCUUGUAAGCAAAGAAUCGGCUAUAUCUCUGCUACAUAUUAAUUUUGAUAACAAUUUUGCCAUGUGAGGGACUCGAACUAUUCAUAGUAAGCCAAUCUUAAUCCCCCUUUUGCAUCACACGCGUGAAGGGAAGCUAACAAUGUCUAGUCAGCGAGUUUUGCCCGAUUUCCCCUGAUCUUGCUCGCGUGACGUCAUUGCAUAUAUUAAGUGAACACACCCCACAUGAGAUGCACCACCUCAUUCUAUGCUAAUGAUAAUGCGCCACCCUGAAUUUUUAAUAAUGCGCCGCCCUGAAUUUUUAAUGACGCGCCGCCCUGAAUUUUUAAUGAAGCGCCGCCCCUGCGCUGCCCUGCGCCGACCUGAAAAUACGGCCCCAAACCCACCUACAUCACUACUUGUGUUGGCCAGAAUAUAGAUGUAUUUUCGUUUCGAAAUUUAAUCUGAAGGGGAUGAAGCCUUAAAUCCUUUAACACUAAAGGCCACAUACGCCUUUUCGCCGUUCCUGGCUAAAGCCGUUUUGCAAAGUGGAACAAACACUAUAUGUAUGGUAAAACCAUUGCCUCGUCCCAAUGGGAAUACGUUGCAAGCGUCAUGGUGUUUUGGCUCUAUUGUGUUUGCCCCAUGUUUCCAAAUACGGCUACGUUUACACUGUAGUGGAUAACCUUUCCGUAGCAAGUCUACCACUGACCUAUUCGUACAAUUAGGAAAACGCUAAUUGCAGAAGAAUUAUUCCAACGGAAUGAUCUUGUUUCGCUCAGCUUCUGAAAGUUUUACAUUCCGAAUUAUCGGACAGGUUCUUUUUCGUGCAGCUACGGACGGUCAUCCGGUAUAUAUAUAUAUAUAUAUAUAUAUAUAUAUAUAUAUAUAUAUAUAUAUAUAUAUAUAUAUAUAUAUAUAUAUAUAUAUAUAUAUAUAUAUAUAUAUAUAUAUAUAUAUAUAUAUAUAUAUAUAUAUAUAUAUAUAUAUAUACACACAUAUAUAUAUAUAUAUAUAUAUAUAUAUAUAUAUAUAUAUAUAUAUAUAUAUAUAUAUAUAUAUAUAUAUAUAUAUAUAUAUAUAUAUAUAUAUAUAUAGUUUUUGGUUUUUUGAGGUAAAACGAAAAACUAUAUUACGCUCUAUCUAUAUGGUAUUGAGCACUGUUUGUGUUUCGUAAACCAAAAUCUUAAGCUAUAUAUAUAUAUAUAUAUAUAUGUAUAUAUAUAUAGUGUAAUCGAAGCUAGUACGUGAACUUAGACCGGUUUUAUACGUCGAAUUUUGGACGCGCCGAAUGCAAUUAAGACAAUAUAUAAUGAGAUAAUAAACCUCAUUAAGCUUCAUUAUCUAUUGUUUGAAUUGCAUUCGACGCGACCGACAUUCGAUGUAGAAAACAGGCUUAACACUAUAUUCACACAACUCCCCAGUUGUUUGAAAACGACGCGGAAAGUCACAAUUAGCCGCUGCGUUCACAUUUUUGCGAAAUUGUUUCAUUAAAUACGUCAUUUUGCUGUUGCAAUUUAAGCACGCUUUCUAAACGGAGGAAGAAGAAAACAGAGAACCUGCAUGGUGGCUUCGUGUGAACAGCGGCACCGUCUUUAUCUUGCUCCUCUUUAACAUUUUUUAUUAGUUUUUCCCUUUAGCAUAUUUUUACUAUAUGUUUUUAUUGGGUUUUUCUAUUUGAACUUGUUUUGCGCACCUGUACCACAACUCUAACCGCUUAGUGUAAACAGACGUAAAACGUGAUCUAGAACCUGCGCAAUAUUAAGGUCUAUACGGCAAGACUAAAGCGAGCAACCCAACGACAAAUAUUCAUGGCAAAUUCCGACCUGCCCCUUUCACUUAUUCUUCUCAAAUAAUACUUACAAUAUCAGGUCGCUUACAUGUACAAUGGCACAUUUAUAUACUUGUAAUAAUUAUACUCUACCAAUUUUUAUGCAGUUGCUUUAAGAUUAAACAAUUACUUCAUUAUUAUUAUUACUUACUACAUACGACCCGAUUUAGAUCGCGAACGUUUCAAGCGCGGAACCUAAUCAAAUUAAAAAAGACACAAAUUUAUCGUUCGUUUACAUAUAAUUGUACCGUUCAGAAAUACAAGUACACGUGCACUAUUUCAAACACUUCAGUACAAAAAUGUUUAUAAAAGGGAAGUGAAGUCACAAUAGAGGGAAGUGAAGUCACUCAACCAAAACCUUCAUCUAAUCAGUCCGCAAACGAUAAGCAUCUUAACACCGAAGCUAGUACUGGGAAAAAUCGUAAAAAGAAGGGAAAGAAAUCUAAGUCCAAACCUCCAACACAAAAUUCCAGCCAACAAACUGCGGAUGUAGAUACUUCUGGUGGUAUUGUGAACACCUCUAGUUCUAAGUCAACGGGGCAAGGCAAGAAAACAGUUAUUAUUGCAGGGGACUCAAUUGUUAAAAAUACUAUUGGUCUGAAAAUGAGUGCUGACGAUCCUAAUCACCAUUUUAUUGUAAAGCCGUUCCCUGGAGCAACAGUCUCAGAUAUGAAGGAUUUUGUCAAGCCAUUGACAAGAAGGACACCGGACAAGAUGAUCUUACACGUCGGUAUAAAUAACCUGAGAAGUCAUUCUACGCCGAAAAUAAUAGCAGACUCCAUUGUCAACAUUGUAACACAAAUAAAAGAAGAUUCACCAG